UGUUCCAGAUCUGGUCAGAGGUGAAGAUGGUUUCUCCUGCGAUCGCUUUGGCUUUACUUCCUCUUUUACUCACAAUGAUUAUUCGUUAUCGCUAUUAUUUUGUGCUGCUGUAUCGAGCUGUUCUGAUCCGGUGGGUGCGGGACUGUUUAACGGGCAUCAGUCGAGAAGAACGGGCCUAUCAGUACAUUCUGACCCACGCCAUGCCCGGUGACCCUGAGAGCAUCCUGAACACCUUUGACCAAUGGUGCAGCAAAGUUGAGUUUAUAAGCAACAUCGGGCCCAAGAAAGGUAAGAUUCUGGACCGAUUACUACAGGAACACUGUCCGCUCACUGUGCUGGAACUGGGCACUCACUGCGGGUACAGCACUGUACGGAUCGCACGUUCGCUUCCGAUGGGUGCUCGAAUCUACUCCAUUGAGAUGGACGAGCGAAACGCUGUAGUGGCCGAAAAGAUCAUUCGUCUGGCGGGCUUUGAUGACGACAUGGUGGAGCUGAUCGUUCGCCCAUCGGAUGAAGUGAUCCCGCGCUUGCGUGAGGACUACGGUGUAGAGUGUUUAGAUUUUGUGUUCAUGGAUCACUGGAAGCGCUGUUACCUGCCUGACUUGCAGCUGUUAGAGGGUAGCGGUCUGCUCGGAGAGGGUUCGCUCAUCGUAGCCGACAACGUCAUUUUUCCUGGAGCGCCAAACUUCCUGCGACAUGCCCGCCGCUCGGGUCUGUACGAGGUCAGAGUUCACCGUGCAACACUGGAAUACAUCCGUGGUAUCCGUGAUGGAAUGGCCGAACUGAGGUUCCUCGGGAUAAAGUGAAAAUGUUUGUCCCAAACAGGAGAAAUUAGCAACAAGCAACUGAACAGUUUACACUUACAGUUAACAUUACCGACUAUUAAAUGUUUUAUUUAUUUGAUCCCAUCAGAUGAUUGAAGAGACAAGAGAUGAAACAUAUGUCAUUAUUGAGACCAUCAUUCACAGCGCCCUCCAGUUGAUCCAUGUGCCAAGCCUUUAAGGAAAAGUUCACCCAGAAAAGAAAAUUCUGCCCUUAUUUACACACCCUCAUGUAGCUCCAAACUGUAUGUUGAUAUUUAUUAGUGAAACGCAAUUUCUUUUUUUUUUUUUUAAGAAUACGGUCCCUGUCGCGUAGACGUGGGGCUCUAUUUUU